AUGUUCUUGAGCCAGCUCGAGCAGGCCCAGCUGCAGAGCACCGUCGUUUCCUUCAGCGCCGCCAUCAGCGCCUGCGAGCAGGUCCAAAGCUGGCACGUCGUGAUCGGGCUGCUAGCAGCACUUCGGCGACGUGGCACUGAGCCCAAUGUCAUCAGCUACAGCGCCGCUGUGAGUGCUUUCGAGAAAGCUAGCCGUUGGUGUGAGGUUUUGCAGCUCAUCACGGAGAUGCGCGACCAGAACUUACAGCCAAAUGUCAUCACAUACACUUCUGCUCUGGGUGCAUGCGACGUGUCCCAGCGAUGGGAGCAGUCACUGUGGCUCCAUCAGGAUCUCAAUGCAUGCCGAGAUGCCUGGGACACGACUCUGGAAGAGACCAACGUUGAGGGUAUACCUCUACGCACCAGAGGUGUCUGCGUAGAGGCAUGGCCUCAACAUUGGUCUCUUCCAGAGUUGUGUCCCAGGACAUGCUCAGGGCGGCCCUGGCUCCGGAUGUGCUCGUGCACAAUGCCACUUCCCUGUCCUUGGAGAAAGGCCAGCAGCGGCCAUCGGCUCGGAACAAGGCCCAGCGUCUUCUUCUUGCUUCCUCCCUUCGCCCUCGCGGGCUCUCAGGUGGCGACGUGGUAA